GUUUGCAACAACUCAGUGCUCUCGCAGUCAUUACCCGUCAGCGGUGCAAGUAGAACGAGCAGGACACAGCAAGAGUGCGCGCUUCACUGCUCUCAACCGCUCGUGCAACAACUCCGCGCGAUCUCCACGUACAGUCGCCGAGAGCACCCACAGAGGGUGCUGACUGCAUCGAAUGCGUCGAGCGACGAGUCUACUGGCACUCGCACGCACCGCACAUUCGCUGGCCGCGCCGAACUCGCUCCUCCGAGGAAGAAAAAUGUCCGCCAUGGCGAGCAAGGCGACGGUCGUCUGGCUCCGCGACGAGCUGCGCGUGCACGACAACGCUCUAUUGGCCGAGGCCGCGAGGCGCGGCGCGCCGGUGCUGCCGGUCUUCUGCCUCGACCCGCGGGUCUUCGACGCCUCGGCAAAGAGCGACCUCGGCUCGUCGCAAAAGACGGGCGCGCGGCGGGCCAAGUUCGUGUUGGAGAGCCUCGAGGACCUGCGCGGCUCGCUAAAAGACCUCGGCUCCGGCCUCGUCGUCCGCCGGGGCAGCCCGCGCCAGGUCCUCGCCGAUAUUUGUGAGGAGCUCGGCGAUGAUGUCGCGAUCAUUUCCUCGGAGGCCGCCUGCUCGGAAGAACAGAAAGACGAAGCCGCCGUGUCAGAAAUCGCGCCGCUCACGAAAGUCUGGGACGGCACGCUCUACCACCGCGACGAUUUAGCGUAUAUCCCCUUCAAGGACCAGUUCACGGCCUGGCGCACGUCCGUCGAGAAGGGUGACACGCCGGUCCGAGCGGACUGCUUCGCGCGGCCGCGGGACCUGCCGGCGCCUCCUGCAUGCUCCGGUCUCGACGACGCGAUCCCUUCUCUAAAUGAUCUGGGCUACGGCGACGCGUCCGUCGAUAAGCGGGGCGACUUCUUCGACCCACGGGGCGGCGAGGCCGCCGCGCUGGAACGGCUCCAGCGCUACGUCUGGGACGAGGACCGCCUCCGGACCUACUUCGACACGCGCAACGGUGCCGGCCCGCGUCCUUUCGACGAGCGGAGCUCGCGUCGAUGGCGUCGCUCCCGUACGCCAUCGACGCCAUCGACGCAACGACGCAUCGACGCAAUGGCGCAGACGCCACGAUGGCGUCACGUGGACACUGAACACACACAGGCAUGGUCGGCCAGGGCUACUCCACGAAGUUCGCACCCUGGCUCGCGCGGGGCUGCCUGUCGCCGCGCCGCGUCGCUCAUGAAUGUGCGAAAUAUGAACAGAAAAGAGUGGCCAACAAGAGCACGUACUGGGUCAAGUUCGAAUUGACGUGGCGCGACUACUUCGUGUACUACGCGCACAAAUAUGGAGAGAAGCUCUUCUUCCCGUACGGCGUCAAGGGUUCCUCGCAAAAAUGGCGCGUCGAUAGUAAUGCUUUGAGAGCAUGGAAGGAGGGGCGGACGGGCGCGCCUUUGGUGGAUGCGAACAUGAGGGAGUUGCGGGCGACGGGCUUCAUGUCGAACCGCGGCCGCCAGAACGUCGCGUCCUACCUCGUCCACGACCUCGGCCUCGACUGGCGGUUGGGCGCGGAGCACUUCGAGGAGCUCCUCGUCGACUACACGCCGGAGUCGAACUGGGGCAACUGGCACGCCGCGGCGGGCCUCAGCGGCGGCCGGAUCAACCGUUUCAACAUCCUCAAGCAGUCCAAGGACUACGACGCCGACGGUCAAUACGUCAAGCUCUGGUGCCCCGAACUCGCGAAGGUGCCAGCGCCGUCGUGCCACACGCCCUGGCUUCUGUCGACCGCCGACAAGGACCGUUACGGCGCCGCGGACUACCCGCCGCCUCUGAAGACGCUCGGCUUCAAGGGCGGCAAGCCGCCGCCGAAGAAGGCCAAGGGCGGCGACCGCGACAAGAUCAAAGCGAAGCGGCGCCAGAAGUCCCGCGUCCAGGCGGCCUACCUCUAGUGUCUAACUGUCUUACAUGGUAGGGGAACAAAA